AUGAUUCCGAGGCGGAUUAUCCUGCCUAUUUUAUUUUUUUUAUGUCUUCCAACAACGGUAUUUUGCUUAAAAAAAGCCUUCAUAUCAAUAUUAUCAUCUGAUGAUUUUUUAACUCCAGCCAAAGUUGUUGCAUUUCGUCUUAGAACAAUUAAUCCUGAAAUCCCAUUUGUCAUACUAGCUACUGAAGAUGUAUCUAAUGAUACUAUUGAUGUAUUACAAUCACGUGAUGUUAAUGUUCUUCAAAUUCACAAAAUAGAUACUCCAUUUCUUGAUACUCAUGUUGGAGCAAAAUUUCAGUAUACUAAAAUACGCUUAUGGUCUUUAACCGAAUUUGAUGUUCUUUUUCAUAUUGAUUUGGAUACUCUACCUAUAUCUGAUCUCGCACCUGUUUUUCAAUGUGGCGCAUUCUGUGCUACAUUUAGGCAUUCCGACAAAUUCAAUGCUGGAAUAUUUGUUUUGAAGCCAAACAUAUCCGUUUACUUGGACUUAUUGGAAAAAGUUUCACGGUUAGAUUCAUAUGAUGGUGGAGAUCAAGGUUUCUUCAAUGCAUACUUUGAUGAACUCAAGUAUGCACCCAUGUUUAAUGAUAAGACACCAAGUGAUCAGAAAUAUACAUCAGAUAUUAUGAGGAUAUCUGCUGCUUACAACUAUGAUAUCGGGAUGUAUUACUUGAAUGGAGGACAUACACUUGUUGAACCCAAAAUCAUUCAUUACACCCUGGGGCCAACAAAACCUUGGGCUUGGUGGACAUAUCCUGUAUUCGAACUAAAUCAACUUUGGAAUACUGCAAGAAUUGAGAUGGAAAAAACGUAUGAAGAAAGAAAUUAUAACAAGUAUCUAUUACUACUUGGUAUUGUGGUGGCAGCCACCAUGUUCGCGUUGCGAGAAUUCACCAUUUUCGUAUCAGGAUUAGUUAUCCGCAAAGAGAAGAUAACAUCAAUAGAAUGUCAAUUUUUGCCUUACGUUCUCACAUUUUUAUCAGUAUUAUCAGCAUUCGUAAUAACCCCUGCGUUUGCUCAUCCAGUGCCAUCGUGGUUCUUUUUCUCGUUUUGCACGGUGACUCUCAGUUUUUUGUUGUCCGAUGUUUAUAAAACAAUACGACUAGGACGAACGACAGGCCUUAUGCAAAUAUUAUCAUGUAUGGCGUUUAGUUUAUCUUUAAUUGGAAGUACAUGGAUUUUGCUUGCUUGGGUGCCGACGUUUGGCGUACGAGCAUGCAUGACAAUCCCUUUAGUUAUAGCGAAUUUCAUGUUUUUAUCUUAUCUUAUUCGGUGUGUUAUAUUGAGUAACAUAUUGAUGAAUCACUGCUCAAAAUAUCAAAUGAUCCUCGUUACAAAAGAUUGUGUUCAGUAA